AGUGAGGGUGAUUGUUUGGUGUUCAUCUAAAGGUUGUGAGUUGAUUUUUGGUGGUUAUCUUUUCCAAUCAAAAGUUGUUAUCAAUAUGAAACAGUUGGUAGCUCUAGUGGGACUUUUGGUACUACUGAGUGCAGUUGACGCUCAACGAAGAAGAAAUACAACCCUGGCUGCUGUGACCACGGAGCAAGCAACUAGUCUGCAGCAAACUAGUGAAGCCACCAGCGAUGCAGGAACUUCCACUACUGAGGAAAAUAUGCGGGUGGUGGAGGCUGUUCGGCAGGAAAUCGAAAGGAGGCGUCAGGAGCGACAGCAACGAAUCGAACAGAGACGGGAAACGCUGCUGAAAAAUUUGGAAAAUAUGAGUGACCGUAGGCGGGAAUUUGAGCUGCGACGCCAGGAACGGCUCGGUAAUUCUCCGAACUCGCAAGAAGAUCGCCGCCAGGAAAUGGAAGCCCGUCGUGCUGGACGCAUUCCGACAAGGGAGCAGGAUCGAGUGUUCCGUCUGCGUCAGGAACGCCUUGGGCAAUCCGUUCCAAAUGACACUCAAAACGAGAUUGAUGGUCCAAGCGAACUGCUGCCAGCCAUUGCCGAUUUGAUUCGCCACAUUGUGCUCAUCGAGGAAAGCAAUGGCAACGUGAAGCUUGUUGACCUUAGCACCGAGGAAGGCCGUGAUCUGGUUUCGCGGGUGACAGAGCGUGUAGAAUCCGAUGAUGAGAAGGAGGAGGUGCUGAGGAAGCUCAAGAUUAAGCUGGGGCAAAUUUGAACAGUGAGGG